AAGGUGCAGCCUUUCAUUCAGCAUUCCAUUACAUUUCAGCCUGCUGUUUCUAAUCUACAUUUAGCAUUUUUGAAAGCAUCAAUUUAUUAUCGAGAGCUUUUCCUCUCUGGGUUGCCAAGCAAAAUGGGGCAAUGCUCUUGAACCCCGUGUGUUACAAUGUUAUAUCUUAAUGUGUUAAUUGGAAGGAGUUGUGCAUUUCUCGACUGACGAGAGAGACUACGACUGUAAAAACAGUGAGCAAGGGGGAGCGAGGGAGAUUGUGGGUGUGUUGGUGCGUGAGAGGAAAAGAGCGAGAAAGCGUAGGGGAGGGAGAGAGGAGAGAAAUAAAAACAGCACAAGAAGGACAGCAGGCAGAACGGAGGAUUAAAUCCUUCUGAGGUUUCACCAUGUUCCUGCACACCGUCUCCAUCCUCAUCCUCACUGCCAUGCUUUUCAGCGACCUGGAAGGAAAGGGUGUCCAAAUGCAGAGAGAUGUUCAGUGCUGUAUGCAGUACUCACAAGGCAAGGUCCGGACCAAAGAUGUCCUGAGGUUUGAGGUGCAGACCGAGGGGCCAGAUUGCAGCAUAAAAGCCAUCAUAUUGUACACCAAAAAGGCGGUAAAGUGUGCCGAUCCAAAGGACAGGAAGGUGAAGAGGUUACUACGGAAACUGUUCCAGAGGCAGGGAGCCAAAGCCCGCAGGACCAUGUGGCUACAUCCGCAUAUGACUCUCCCUGUGAUGUCGGAGAUCGAUGUUGUUGAUUCCCAAAAGAUGAACAAGACCAAGUGAAGCAAGGAAAUAAAUGGUGAUCCGCGAAACUCCAGCCUUCUCUUGUGUAUCACUGUUUUCUUAUAUGGAUAAGACAAUAUAUGUAGACUCAUAACUUAUCAUUACCAAACAGUAUGUUAUCUAGAUAUAUUGUGAUAUUUAGAUGUCCUCUCAAAUGACUGUUAAUCUAUAUGCCAAAGUAUUCUUUUUUUGAGACUUGUUACAAUAAGGUUGUUCAUAAUCUUUGCAGCUAUGUAUAGUCUCUAUAACUUAUACUCUCUUCUAUAGAGUCCAGUAAAGCUGGUAUGACUGUUCUUCAACAAUUUAUAGUGCAAUUACAGAUUAUCUUGUGUAUGUUAAAACACAACUGAUUUUUAUAUAUAAUAAAUACAUUGAAAACACAGAAAAUGUUAUUGUUUUUUAUUGUAACAGACAGCAGCAACAGCUUGGGUCUCUUCUAACUUG